AUGGAGUCGGCAUCCGAGAACAACUCGGGCAGUCCUCCUUUGGCCCAGGAAGCUUUGGACUCUCUGCGUGUCCCAACUUCUCCUCAGGCUCGGGCAAAGCGACGAAUAGCUACCCUGAUGGAAGAGGUCGAACUUUUGAAGCAAGACAAGGCGACUAAGCAGAGGAAGACCACCUAUUAUGUUUCGCAGGGUCGAGCCAUCCGUCGUCUUGUCGCCCUGUACACUCCCAUAGAGGAUUUAAUCGCCGAAAACGACCGACGUUGCGAAUACCACGACGAAGCUAUCAGCCCUGAGUCCACUAUGGAGCAUUACCAGUGGAUUCACGACAAGUUAGCAAGUCUUGAUCACGAGGAGUCCGAAGACAUGCUUAGAAAGAUCAGGCGGGGUGCAGACUCCGCUCGUGGCGACGAUACGGGUACUCUCAAAGAACUCGUGGCCUCGUGGUUGAACGUUGAGUUCCGUCCGACUCCGUUCAUCUCAGCUGGUGACAAGCAUCGUCGAGGUUUUGGCUUCAAGGCUAUAUUUACCUCCCCCUCUUCUGCCAAUGAGGUAGACGGCGACGGUGAAGGUGCCGAUGUCAUAGAGAACAAUCGCCGCGCCCGGAGACAGUCAGAUCAAACCAAAGUAAAGACAUGCAUUGCCUCUAUUAUAGGCAUGAGGAAGGUGACUCCUUGCGCAAUCGCGUAUGCAGCUUGUCAACAUCACCUCGUGGCGCACCAUAGACUGGAGAUUUCGAACUACCAGAUGUUUUGGAACAAUGUUGUAGAUUUCUUCGAAGAUCCCCCAGGUCCAGCUGCGCGAGGUAGGGUCAAUGAUACUCUCGAAUGGUGGACUAGGAAAGUUUUUGGCACAAACCACCGGCAGGACCUAACGUCGGAAGUUGUUUCCCGAAUGUCUGUUAGUGCGCUUGCUGCCCAAAGACUGGCUAUGGAGGACGCUGCGUUUGACUCCGAUUCUUGA